AUGCCACCACCCGUCUCCGAGGAAAUGUCGGACGAGGAAAUUGGGGACAUUCCUUUCAAGAAUGGCGGCAAUGGGGCUGAAGACAAAGUCGACGACAACCAGGAUGACGACGAGGAUGACGAGGAUGAGGAGGGCGUAUACGUCGUCGAGUUGAUAAAGGAACACGAAUUAUUACCAAAUGGCAAACUUCAGCUUCUCGUGAAGUGGAAAGGAUAUGAUGAUCCUGCAGACCAGACGUGGGAACCGGAAGAAAACCUGAAGGAGGGUGCCGAACUAGUCCUCGCGGAAUACUACAAGCGUAUUGGUGGCCGGCCAAAAACUCCUGCAGCAAAGUCUGGCCCCGGAAGGAAGCGCAAGUCUAUGGGAGACACAAAUUCGACCUCUGCCUCCGCAUCGGCCGAGCCCAAGAAACGAAGACGAUCAACGAAGUCCGAGGAUCCAGUGCCCAAGACCGAGGCCGACGAGGACGAGGAAGGCACCUGGGUUCCCAAGGGUCAAAACUGGGAUAAGGAACUCGAUAGUGUGGACACAAUCAUUCGUGACCAAGAUGACGGAGCCCUGUAUGCAUUCCUCCUCUGGAACAAUGGCAAGCGGUCACGAGUGUCGAUCGAAAGCUGCUACGAGAAGUGUCCCAGAAAGAUGCUCAAGUUCUACGAGAGCCAUUUGGUCUUCAAGGAGUGUUGA